AUGGCGGGACAGGCGCAGGGGCCAUGCAGCAUCUGCAUGGAGCCAUUGGACACCCACCGAGGCGGCAGCGCCUGCGCGCACGCCUUCUGCGGGGCGUGCCUGGAGGGCCACGUCCGCGCGAAGCUCGAGUCCGGCCGCGCCGGCGCCGUGGGGUGCCUGGACGCGGCGUGCGCCGGCACGCUCGACCCGGAGCUCUGCCGCGCCGCGCUCCCGCGCGACCUGUUCGAGCGGUGGUGCGCCGCGCUGUGCGAGUCCAUGUUCGCCGGCGCGCGGCGGACCUACUGCCCGUUCCCGGACUGCUCCGAGAUGAUGGUGGCCGACGGCGACGACGACACCGUGACGCAGUCCGAGUGCCAGGUGUGCAGGCGGCUGUUCUGCGCGCAGUGCCGCGUGCCGUGGCACGCCGGCGCCGACUGCGCCGCGUACAGGCACCGGGACACGGCCAGGGAGGACGCGAUGCUGCUGGAGAUGGCCGCGGGGAGGAGGUGGAGGCGGUGCUCCAGGUGCCAGUUCUUCGUGGAGAAGACCGACGGCUGCUUGCACAUCACAUGCAGGUGCGGCUACCAGUUCUGCUACGGGUGUGGCUCGCAGUGGGCUACGUCUUGUUCUGGCUGCACCAAUUAGGCCAUGUAUGUAUAUUUCUCAGAUUAUAUCGAAUGCUCAGAUGCAUGGAAGGAUGAUGAUCAUGCUGUUGUCGUAAUAUUUAGUAGCCAGUUUACGGAUUUGGUUGAGGAUUGUAUUUUGAUUGAGGAUGAUAACACCAAGCUAGUAAGAGGUGGUCUUAUUUGGCCAUGAUCGAGCACAUGAAAUGAUCCAUGUUUUAGCCAGUUUA